CGACCCCAAAAAGACCUCAGGAACCCCAAAAUCACUUGGGUGACCCCAAAACCGUCCUGGGAACCCCCAAAAUCCGCGGGGCCCCUCAGGGGAGAGAACCGCCGUAAAGCGCCGCCGCGAAGCGCUCGCUGCCAUGGUUACCGCCACGUCCCCAUGGUAACACAUACGCCCGGGUGGGCCGUAAAGCGCGACGCCGUAAAACGCGCUGGGUUUGGGCGGUGCGCUGCCGUUGCCGUGGCAACGCGGGUUAGGGUUAGUCUGGGCGGUGCCGUACGGCGCGGGGCGCGUUGCCGGGUGACAGCCGUAAAGCGCGCAGGGCGGCGCGGCAGUGUCGCGUUGCGCGCAGUCAUGGCGGUGCCGAACGGGGCCGGGACCGGGACCGGGACCGGGACGGGCCCGGGGGGACCCGGGGGAGGCCUCAGGGCCGCGGCCGGGCUCUACGAGCAGCUCAAGGGCGAAUGGGGCCGCAAGAGCCCCAACCUGGCCAAGUGCGGGGAGGCGCUGGGCAGGCUGAAGGUGGCUCUGCUGGACCUGAACUUCCUCCCCACCUCCGGCUCCGCCAUGACCAAGCAGCAGCUGAUCCUGGCCCGGGAUAUUUUGGAGAUUGGAGCCCAGUGGAGCAUCCUGAGGAAGGACAUUCCCUCCUUCGAGCGUUACAUGGCCCAGCUCAAGUGCUACUACUUCGACUACAAGGAGGAGCUGCCCGAGUCGGCGUCGCGGCACCAGCUGCUGGGGCUGAACCUGCUGUUCCUGCUGUCCCAGAACCGCGUGGCCGAGUUCCACACCGAGCUGGAGCGGCUCCCGGCGCCCGACAUCCAGGGGAACCUCUUCAUCCGGCACCCCGUGUCCCUGGAGCAGUACCUGAUGGAGGGCAGCUACAACAAAGUGUUCCUGGCCAAGGGCAACAUCCCAGCAGAGAGCUACACCUUCUUCAUCGACAUCCUGCUGGACACCAUCAGGGACGAGAUCGCGGGCUGCAUCGAGGCCGCCUACGAGCGGAUCCUGUUCCCCGAGGCGGCGCGGAUCCUCUUCUUCAGCUCGCCCCGCAAGAUGACCGACUACGCCAAAAAGCGGGGCUGGGUGCUGGGUCCCUCCAACUAUUACAGUUUUGGGGGGCGGCAGCAGAAAGCCGAGGACCCCCCGAUCCCCUCGACGGAGUUGGCCACGCAGGUGAUCGAGUACGCCCGGCAGCUGGAGAUGAUCGUCUGAAAAACACCAAAUUCCUCCUUUGCCUCUUUAGUCCCUUUUUUUUUUUUUUGUGGGUUUUUUUUCCCGCCUUUUCCCUGCCUUUUUCUGUCCCUUUUUCUGUGUUUUUUGGCCGUUUUCCAUGGUUUUUGGCCGUUACCAACGUUUAAAGUGGUUUUUUUCUUGUUUGUUUCUUUUUUCUUUUUGGAUGGAACCCCAUCCAAAACUGUUCAAAAGAUUAUUCUGGUGCCCACAUUAGGACCCCACUCCAAAAUCUCCCCAAAUCCUGUUUGUUCUCCUUAUUUCUCUUAUUUUAUUGCGUUUUUGGGGUUGAAAUGGCUUUUUGGGGGCGGUUAAAUGUUUAAAAGGAGUUUUGGUGGGUCUUGAUGCUCUCUGAAACCCCCAAAAUCCUCAUUUAUUCCCAUUUUCUCUUCCAAUUUGUUGCAUUUUUGGGGGAGUCUCGAUGCAGGAGCCCCAAACCCCCCUCAGACCACCCCAAAUCCCCCUUUUAACGCCCAUUUCCCCAUUUUUGUGAGUUUAACGAUUUCAAAGGUUUUUUGGGGGGGGUUUGAAGACCCCCCUCCCCCCCCGUCCCAGGCACCCCCUUUUUGGGCAGAACCCGGGGGGCUGAGCCCCUCCCUAUAAAUAUGAACCCCAAGAUGUUGUUCCAAUAAAGUGCUGGAGCCGGA